AUGGCGGCAAAAAACGCCAAUUCGGAAAACGAAUUAGACGAAUCAAAUUUCGAAUUUAAACUUCCAGAGAAAGUUAGAAAAUACGAAGACUUUAUAAAUAAUAACCUCAAAGAGGACUUACGAAAAGUACACGAACAAAGAGACGAACUGUACUCAAAUAUUGCAGAAUAUUUGCAACUUAAAAACACUAUUGACAGAAUUCAAAUUUUCGACGGUGGAAAAAUGAGGACACAGGUGGACCUAGGUUGUAAUUUCUAUUGUCAAGCUGAAGUCAAGGAUACCAAAAUGAUUCUAGUGGCUGUCGGUUAUGGGUUUUUUGUCGAGUUUACGUUGGACGAAGCUGUAAAAUUUAUUGACAAAAAAGUUGAACACUUGACGAAACAGGCCGAGGAACUCACAAAGGAUUCAGCGAAAAUCAAGGCGCAUAUUAAG